AUGUACUUCUCACUUUCCUCGAUUGCCUCUGUUACAGCCAUCGCCGCUGCCGCUGCCGUCAAGAGGCAGCAAGAAGUCGGCUCAAUUGAAAUCCAAGAUGCCGUCGCAUCAAACAUGACGAUGAAUUUGGUCACCAGUGACGACACUUCAAUCCCAAUUGGCCUCAACAACGGCGUUCUCACCACUGGGCAAGAUCCUAUCACAGUCAACUUCCUACCCGUGAACUCUCAAUAUAUGGAAUACGACAACGAUAACGACGACAAUGAAAAGUUCGGUCACCUUGUUAACAGUGAGACUCAAGAGUCCAUGACCGUCCAAUCACCUGGCGUCUCUCUGGGACAGAACGUCUAUUUGAUGGAGAGCAUGACCGCAGACAACUCCAGCCAGAUGCUUCAGUUCUGGAAGCUCAACACAGAAAGCAUGGAAGUCGAAUUCCUCGGUAGACCUGAUGACGCAGACUUUGGUGAAGGGCCACUCACCCCUCAGUCUCAAAACGAGGGCGAUGGCAAUGCCAUUGGACUUUACGAGGACACUGACGCUGUAUUCGUUUUACAGGAGCAGCAAGAAUAA